UCUGACCCUUGACUUCCGCUUUCUUUCUGUGCGGCUCCCUAUUUAGCUCUCCUUACAAGUUAAGUACGUUCCGACCACUUGCUUCCCAAAUUCUCUCCUCUCCUGAGUCCUUUCUGAUAUUUUUGUUCCUUUUGGUGCCUAAUUUUGAAAGUUUUCUUCCUCGAAUCCCACCAAGCAUAAAAGGAGUACUGUUUCUUCCACCCCUGGGAAUCAAGACAACCGCCGAACUGAACCCUGAAUCUUGUUUUUUGUUUAGUUUCGAAUGAAAGACUCUCCACGGAGUAGAGAUAUCCAGGAUGUCAAACAUACCAACCUCGCUCUCUGAGGUCUGCCUCACUCUCUUCCGCCUCACCAUGUCCGUCGCCGAUCCAUGGCCCUUUUCCUGAACACCACCAUUUCACGCUAAAGAGAAAACCCAAAAAAGAAAAUCGCUCUCCUUCUGGUGAUUUUCAUCCCCAUUUCGUUUUAUUCACUCUCGUCCCGAAACUUACGAUGAGAAAGAUCAGAGGCUUCAAGCUUGGCAAACGGCUAGUCCGGGCUUCUAAAUGGAUCGUCCGGAAAACCCGGAUCCGAACCAGAUACCACCGGCUCAACCCACCACCGCCACCAUCGAGCAAACCCAAGUCAAACUGCAAACAUAUGUCGAAGCUCGUCACCUGGGGCCAGCGGUUGACGAACGGGGCGAAAAAACUGUGUUGUAAGCGGCCUGACUCUGGUUAUAUACCCGUUGGGCAUGAACCCAUCAAAGAGAAGGAAGUAGCGGUACCUAAGGGGCACUUGGCGGUGUACGUCGGCCAACAGGACGGCGACUUUCGCAGGGUUCUGGUGCCCGUGAUUUACUUCAACCAUCCUCUGUUUGGUGAACUUCUAAGGGAAGCAGAAGAGGAAUACGGAUUUCAGAGCCAGGGCGGGAUCACCAUCCCCUGCCGGAUAUCGGAGUUCGAGAGGAUCCAGACCCGUAUAGCCGCCGGCUGCGGUGGUGCCAGGGGGCUGAAGGGGAACCGCAACUAUUGAGAGAGAUAGAGAGAGACUGUGUGGUGGUAGUUGAACCUAGUGAUGACGACGACGACGAAAGAUUCCAAAUUGAUAAUGACAAUUAUAUUUUAGAAUUUCUUUUCCUCAUAUAUGAUUAUAUAUAUUGUAGUGGUUUGCCUUUUUCGUUUCUUUUUUUUUUUUUUUGGGCCUCUAGUUUUUUUGGUCUUUUAUUUUUUUCACUUUUUUUAAUUUCAUAAUGGAGUAGAUUUUAGAUGUAAUUACGUGUAUGAUGAUUUAUAUCUUAAUUUUGUUAUUUUUCUAUU